UUGAUUGCGAAUUUCAUGCUCAGGAUUGCGAAUACAAGAUUAGUGUUACAAAAAUCAAAUUCCACUCUCCUACGUGGUUCUCACCUCAUUGUCACUUGUCACUGAGCCCUGCCACAAGUAUGUCCGUUGUCGAAACCGUCACUGAAGUCUCGCAGGCCCUGCCAACACUUAAGCUCCACGCAGGGGGCCAAGAGCAGAAGACAGAGUCAUACUCCUAUGCUAAUUUACUUCCCUAUUUCUCACCUGAGCAAUAUCCACCGCUCACACCCUUCAAACAUGAAGAUCCAGGCUUCCGUGCACUCAAACACGCAGAUCCCCGUGCAUUCCUUAAGAAUGCGACCAGCGUGGUAGAACUGACACCCAACCUGGGAACAGAGGUCCAUGGUGUGAACCUUGCAGCCCUUGAUAAUGAGGGAAGGGACCAACUUGCGCUCGAAGUUGCGAGAAGGGGACUUAUGGUUUUCAGGGGCCAGCACGAGUUUAUAGAUAGAGGACCUGAUUCGUACCUAGAGUGGGGACGACACUUUGGAAGGCUGCACAUUCAUCCUACGUCAGGACACCCCAAGGAUUAUCCGCAAAUUCACCUUGUCUACAAGGAUGCAAAGUCGUCCUACAACUUUGAAAGGGAAGACAGCAUCACAUCGACUGUCUGGCACUCCGAUGUCUCGUACGAGCUGCAGCCCCCCGGGCUCACAACGUUCUUUCUCCUCUCGCAGCCGACGACGGGUGGGGACACAUUAUUCACAUCCCAGAUAUCAACUCUUAAGAAGCUCUCGCCCUCGUUUGUCGCCUUCCUGCGCACGCUCAGUGCAGUGCACUCAGGGGUUGAGCAGGCUCAAUUCUCGCGCUCCGGCAAGCGUGGCGGCAUCGUGAGACGUGAACCAGUGGAGCAUGUCCACCCACUUGUGCGGCGUCACCCGGUCACUGGAGAGGAAGCAUUAUAUGUCAACCGCCAGUUCACGACGCGUAUUGUUGGCCUGAAGCGUGAGGAAUCUGAGACUAUUUUGAAGUUCCUUUACGAUCAUGUCGAUAAGAGUGCAGACCUCCAAGCCCGAGUGAAAUGGCAGCCUGGCACCGUCGUGCUCUGGGACAACCGUGUCACUGCGCAUUCUGCUAUCGUUGACUAUGGAAAGUCGAAUGAACGCCGUCACGGUGCACGUAUCACUCCGCAGGCAGAGAGACCGAUCCCUGCCCUGGAAGGUCUUGAACUCCCUAGUCUUUAAUGGAUCGUGACAUAGCAUUGAAUGAGAACUGGCAGUCUUGAGUGCAACCAUGUAUACAUUAGAUCUAUGAUGUUGCAAUAUGAAAACAUACUAUGAUGCGACUUC